GUGGAAACAUAUCGCAGUGAAGUAACCCGUCUUGACACUAAGUGUGCUAAUUUUACAAUAAUACGCUAAUGCAAAUUAUCGUACGUUUACUAAACAUAUGUCACAUAAUCAUCAGUUUUACAGUCAUUACUAUUUAUUUAUUAUUAUUUAAAUAUCCAGUCAUUUAACAUUUGAGUUCGGAAAUUGGAAUAAUCAAUAUUAUUAAUAAUUAAUACGAAUAUUUGGAAUAUAGGGAAUGACUUAUUUUUAUUGUGCUUUUAUGGUACACACGAUAAUUUCAUAGAACACUAUAAAAAAAAAAAUAGUUAAUAUGUUUAUGAUUAGGUCUAUGGAUAAUUUACUAUUUAAUGAACAGUUACUCAGUCACCGAAAAGCGUCCUCUAUCUUUCCACGUCAUGUGUGUAAUCAUUUUACGUGUAUUAGUAAAAGGUCUAUGAAUUGUGAUAUAUUUACGGUGAUAAUAAACCUUGAACAAAAAAUCGAUUUUAGCAUUAUACCUAGUCUGUGGUUUCAUAUAAUUUCAUUUUAUUUCCACUAUUUACUAACAAAUAAUCGGUUUAUAGUGACUUUAAACAUUAAUCAAAGUAAUAUGGUAAUUGGAACCAUACUUAUAGAAGUGUUAAAAUAAUAUUUUACAUUAAAUAAUUGUGUAAGAAAUUAAAGUUGUGACUAAUUAUUGUUGUCGUGUUUAUCUUAUAUUAUUGUGUGUAUAUAUUUAAUUAUUUCAUUCAAUCAAUGAUCAAUGGAGAGCAGAUAUCGUUAUAUUAAUAAUAAAAGUAACAUAGAAAAAGAAGAAUCAUUAUUACUAAAUCGUUUGAUUGCUCUGAGAAGUAAGUUUGUUUAUUUUAAUUUUUGCUUUAUUCUCCAUUAAACUAAUCUAUUAGAUAAAAUUAGAGAGACCUAAUAUCUACAAUGUAAUAUAGCUACGUACAAUUUUUAAACAAAAUUAUAUAAGUACUUAUUGAUGAACUAACAACUUACAACUGUACAAUUAUACAAGUUAUUGAUUUAGAAUUCAUUCCUGAUGCAUCAAUUAUGUAGUUUCUUACCAAUAGUAGUUUAUAGUUUAAGUAUGGGUUAUUUUGGUCUAUAAAAAUUGUCAACACAAAAUUGUUUCUUACUUUGUAUUAAUUGUAUACAUUUAUCAUGGAUAAUCAAUCCGUAGGGUUUAUUUUUUGAGACCCAUUUUUGGACCAUUUUUUUGUUACAUGUCAUUGUUAUAAUUAACAUUAAAUUCUAAGUGGAACGAGGAAUGUGUCAGUAUUACAAGGAUUUUUUUUUUAUGUGAACAUGUUCUACCAGAAAACAUACUCCGAUUAUCAAAUAUAGCAACUUUUCUGAAAGAAAUUAUCUCUAGGUGGUACUUUAGAGAGGUCAUUAUUAAGUUUUUAUUAUUUUAAUCUUUUUUAAACACUCAUUGUUGUCAUGGAAACACACAUUGUUGAAAUCAUUUUACCACAAUAUGACAUAAUAUCAUUUAUUGUAUUGACAAGGCAACAUUAUCAACUGAAUUCGGCUUAAAAUUGUUUUUUCAUUAAUAUUGGUUUAUCUUUGCUUACAGAUAUACAUUAAAUUCCCGUCUGUAGCCUACCAUCCCAACAUCUCACUUACAACAGUGGUUGCACCCACGUGCAAAGUAUGCCUGUACUUUUACAUUGUUUUACAUGUUAGACUUGAAGUUACCUUUAUUUGAUUUUAAAAUUUCCAUUUUUAUAAAAAUUAUAAUAAUUUUAAAAAUAAUGCACUAACAUUACUUUACUGUCUAAAAUCUAGACUGUACUAUUCAAUAGUAGACUAUACUUUGAUUAGCUACAUAAAUACAUUAGUUUUGUGUAGAAUAAACCAAAAGUAUUUGUAUAAUAUAUGAAUAAUAGAUUUUAUCUUUUUAAUGAUUUUUCCUCAUUAAUCUAAGUACAUACCUAUUAUAUAAUUUAUGUACAACUUAAACAUUAUUAUAUCAAUUCUGUGACUAAAAUAAGAAAUAUUAACCAUAAUACGAAAUAGCUGUGAAACAAACAAAAUUAAUCAAAAUUUUUUCCUGGGACUUCUUUUACUUUCGAUCGUGUAUCCUACCCGAGGUGAUUUUACAUAAUAAUUCUGGAUUUAUUAUUUCGUUUUUAUAUCUUUCUAAAACUGAUAUUAGCUAUCAAAACCAGUUCAUAAGAAUUAUCUAAAGGACUGAUGAUCUCGCGUUUUUAAUUUUCCUUUUUUCAUCUUUUACUUGUCCGACACAUUUUUAAAAAAAAAAAAUUGCUACUAUGCUGAAUUAUUAUUGUUCCAUGUAGGUAUAAUUAAUAAUCAUGUUUAAGGUGAGCAUUUAUAUGUAUUGAAAAUUAAAAAAUAUGUACAUGUAUAUGUAUUUAUUUUUAACCAUAAAAUAUGCAAUUAAAAAUACAAAAUAUGUAAAUUUUCUUAAAAAAAGAGGUACAAUUUUUCAGACUUUUUUAUUUAAGUGUUAAAACACAUAUUUUUACUAGAAAUUUCAUAACUUGAUUACACUUUUACAAUUUUGAAUAUAAAAUUGUUUUGUUUUGUCUAUAAAUUAUUUUUAGUUUAAUCUAUUUGAUGUGUAGGAUAAUAUUUGUAAUUUGUAACUUUUAAAUAUUAACAUUCCUAUACCAAAUAGAUAAAUAUGGAUAAAAUAUAUUUGACUUGACGUUUUUAUUUUAUUCAUUUAGAGCAACUAAAUGAUGAAGAACCAAAAGUACAUAAAACCGAGUAUAAUAUCAAAGACAAUAUCAAUAAUAAUGCGAGUAAGAAUGGUAUAUCAACGUCAAAGUUUAAGUAUCGGAAAGUUAAUGAUACAUUUAUUUCAACAAAAAUUGAUAAUCGUAAUGUUAUGAAAUAUAAAAAUAAAACUUUAUAUAAUAAUUGUUUUGUUAAACCUAAUAAUUUACCUUCUGUAGAGUAUAAUAAAUCAAAUUUAUUGGAUUCAACUCUUCUUAAAAAUGAUAUUAAUUCUAAAACAGUGAUUAUUAAUAAAACCACAGACAAAUAUAAAUUGGAAAUUAAUGGAAUUAUGAAAAACAGUAUUGUUAAAAAUACUAAUAGUUUGUUAAAUGAGAAUAACUAUACAAAGGAUAAUUUUUCUCAAAUAUUAGGAAAUGUUGAUCAAUAUAUAUUAAAUAUAAACAAUUAUUUAAUGUCAUCUAAAUAUGUUAUCAAUAAAGAAGAUAAAAGUAUUUUGACAACUAACCAAAUUGAUAAUCAUACAAAAAAUGUUCAUGUUAAUAGAAAAUUUCAAAACCAAUUAAUUUCUAAUAAUUUAUUGAAAUCAAACUUAAAAAAUGCAUCAAAUUCAUUUUUAAAUAUAAAUAAGAAAAAGCCUAUUAAAAGAUUAUCUGGAAAAUUAGGUGAAUCACCUAAUCUUAUUAAGAUAGGUAACACAAAAUUAAUACGUCGUUCAUUACUAAGAAAUAAAUACAAAAUCAACAAUGAACAGAGUACUAUUAAAAAUGAAUCACUCUCAACAUUAGAACAUCAAACAUCGAGUACAUCAAUAAUGUCUUCUAACAAAACAAAAUGGACCAAUAUUUCUAAACCAACUCCAACAUCUCAAUCAAAAUUAUCUAAUUCUAAUGAUACCAAUAAGUUAAAAUGGACUAGACCAAAUAUUCUGUUGGUCAACAAUAUAAAUAAGAAUAGUCAUUCUUCUUCAGUACCAAAAUCAGAUAAAUUGAUUUUAUUUGGCAAAAAUAAAAUUAUUAGACAAUCGUUAAUAAGUUCAAUUCAUUCAAACUCUAAAAAAUAUUUGCUCAAACAUCUUUCACAUAGAUUUGCUUUAAAAAGAAAAUUACAACAAAAAAUUAAUAUUCUUAAACCUAAAAAUAUACCUAUGAAUAAUGAACAAGCUAAAAAUACUAUGUUGUUAAAGAAAAUGGUAAAUAAGCCUGUAAAUAUUAAAAUGAAUGAAAAGAGUUCCUACUCGGUGUAUUCAUAUGUAAAUCCUAAGUUGAGGUUUGUAAUUUUUAAAUUUAAUAACCAAUAAGCUUUAUGUUGAACUAUCAUUUAUUUUUAGAUCAAAAAUCAAUAGUAAUUAUAGUUUGGAAAAAACGAAAUGCUCAGAUACUGCUAUAUCUGGUUUACUUACUACUUCUUAUGUUAAAUCAGAUCAGAACUUAAAAAUAAUAAAUAAUGACACAAAUAAAAUGCAAUAUGCAAAUUUAACAAGAAAUAUAACUCUUGAAAGAUACAGGUUAGUUGAAUUUGUGUAUGUAAUUAAUUAUUAUUUAGACAUUAAUAAGUAUUAUAAUUUAUUUGCAGAAAUAAAAAAUUAUUAACCAAACAACUUUGUUUAGUAUUCAAUCAAUUUGGUAUUUGUUCAUCAUUGGAUCAAGGAAAAUGUGAUAAACGCCAUUACAAAAAAUUUAUCGCAUUGUGCACAAAGUUGGCUAAAUUUAAUCAAAAUAUAUUACUAAAUUAAAUGUUUGCUUUUAUAUUUUUAGGUUUUUAAAUGGAGAUUGUUCUAAAGAGAAUUGUACGUUAUCACACAAUAUAGUUGAAGAAAAAAUUCCCUUUUGUAAACAUUAUUUAAACAAUAUUUGUGUUAAAUUUAAUUGUCCUUACUUACAUGAAUAUAGAGAUCCACAAACUCCUAUUUGCAAAAAUUUUCUCCAUGGUUACUGUAACUUAGGAAAAAAAGUAAGUUCAAAUAUUUUAAUACUGAAUUUUUGUUCUAAAAUGUGUUAUUUAAGUAAAUAUUUAUAUUCUUGUAUUUUACAUAAUUAAGUGUCCUAAAAAACACUUGAAUCUAUGUCCAAUUUUUGAUUCAAAGAGUAAGUGUCCACAUGGUCAAAGGUGUCUCUACCCUCAUAAUCAAAGUGAAGAAAAAAAUACUCUUUUUGAUAUCGAUGAACCUAGAUACUUUGAAGUACUAACUACUAAUUUUGAAAAAUCAAAUAAAAAUGAGUUAAUUCAUAUUGUACCUAAGCGCCGUGCACCAAUAUUGGAUUUGCCAUCAUAUAUACCUUUAAAACUAUAGUAAGUAUGUUUGUGUUUUAAAAUUAGUGAAACCUGAAUAUUUACUAUUAUGUAAUUUAUUUGUAUUUAAAUAUUUAUAUAAUUUGUUACAAAAUAUUUGUAAAUAUCUUAAAAUCUACAAAUAUCUUUUAUUGUAAAUUUAAUUUAAUACAGAAUGUGGUUAAUAAAAAAUUCACAAUUUUGGAUUUCUAGUUAUGGUUAAAAGGGAGGGGCGGAGGAGUAAAACAGCAGAACUGCUAUCGCUAAACAGCGUUUUUAUUUGAGGAAUAUAUUCAAAAUGGAAUAAUUGAAAUUUUGAGGUAAAUGGUUUUUAGGCUUGUUAUCUCCUUGCGUAAUGACAUUAGGCCACCACUUUGUCUGAUUUGACCCUGAGAUUUUUUUUCUUUGGGGCUACAUCAAAACUCAGGUGUAUCUAUAUUGUGCUCAUACAUUGUAAAUUAUUACCACUUCACUUGAAAUGACUAGUAGAAUCAUUGGAAAUUAUAUUAAGGUCAAUCACUAUAUUGACAAUGGAAAACCACAACUUAAGUGAUAUAAUUUUUAAAAUUGAUUUUUAUUAGCUAACCAAGUCUGCAAGUUUUUUCUACCACACCCUGUAUUACUUAAACAUAUUUAAUGCACACUAGUAUGAUAUAAAUAUCUAUAUAUAGUUAUCCUGUUUGGUUUAAAAGAAAACCUGGAAUCAUCUCAUAAAUAGUAAACAUUUUACUCCACUCUGAAAUGUCUACUAUUCAUCUAUUAUUGUUACUAAUACCAUGAUCGUCAUUUAAAACAAUCAAUAUGUUCUUCACAGACAUAGGUGCGCAUCUCCAGAGUCCAAUUUGGGUAGAGGGCAACUUUCAAAAGAAAUAUAAUGCAUUUACACUAUAAGUUCCACUCUUCUGUUAUGGUAUAGCUGGUAUAAAUAUGAUGUCAAUAACAAAUCAUUUUAUUUACAUGAUACUUUAGGUACAAAAUAAAAAAAAUCACUAAUCUGAAGUUAAUUUUAGUACAAGAUGAGUACAUGUAAAUUGAAUACAUAAAGCUAAAAAAAUUUUGAAAACAAAAAUUGCACUACUUGUACUUAUGUUUAUUUUAGUUCAGUUUAUCGGUCCAAUGCAGUGGUGAUCAAUAACGGUCUGCGGGCUAAAUCCGGCCUACGAUAAUUUAUUAAUCGAUCCAUCAGGUUUAGUAACAACUAAAUCCAGUAGAGUACUCUGGGGACUAUGAAAUUUGUGUUGUGGUGGCUAACUUAUAAACAAACCUAUAGUUGCAGUAUGUAUGUUUAUUGUCCAAUGUACUCAGCAACUAACACAUAUGUGAUUGAAUGAAUUGUGUAAAACAUGUAAUGGUCCUACUAUAAUCAUUAUAUUUAUUUAUUCAGAAUCAAAUUUCAAUAGUAUUGGUUUUUUUUUUAGUACAAUUUUCAAUUUGUGUUAAUUAAAUUAUGUGCAACUAAUUUUCACUCAAAAUCUUUUUUUUUUUUUUUGGAAACAAUUUAUCAUUACUUACAGAUAACUUAAAACUUGUAAGUAACAAAAUUAAAAAAGAAAAUAUUUUAUAAAAGUCUUUAUAUCUGUUUUAUUAAAAUCUAUUUUAAAAAACUUGAGUCCCCCAUCACUGUCAAAAUCCUUGAUUCACCACUGUAUUAGGUUGUAGCAACUUAGACACUGCAUAAUAAUUUAAAAAUUUAAAUUCUGAUUUAUCAUCUUACCAUUAUACAUAGUGCAAAUAUUAAAAUUUAGAAUAAUUUACUUAUAGUUUUAACACUACCUUAAACUAGUUGUUGAAUUUUUAGUUUUUAGAUAAUUUUGAGUUCUAAAAUAAAGAAAAUUGUACACAUUUUCUUCACGUUAUUCAUGUUAUUAUUUAUUUAAUCAUAAAAUAUAUUAUCAUGAUAUUGGCCAUGUAAUUAUAUUAUUUUGUUUCAGAUAAGUUUUCUACAAAUUUAUACAUUUAAUUUUAUGAAAAUUAUUAAUACCUUGGAAUCUGGUAUGUUACACAUUAUUAAUUUUAUUAUACAUGUAUGGUUUAUAUAAACAAAAUACCUAAUUAACAAAAUAUGUAUACAUGUUACGAAUACACAUACAAAUUCAUGUGUGUAUGUAUACAUAAUAAAAGACUGGUAUGUUCAUGCCAUAAAAAUGAUAUUUAUAUAUUUUGUUUUCAAAUAAAAAUAUAUGAACAACGUAAAAAUUAUAUUUUUAUUUGUUAAUAAUUUGUCUUAAUUAUAAUUGUUUAAGUUGGUUCUAAAUUUACUAUUAUUUAUUUUGUUAUAAAACAAAUUCAUUACCUAAGUAAUAUAUAUAUAUAUAUAUAUAUGUAUAUAUGUAUAUAUAUAUAUAUAUAUAUAUAUACAUUUUUUUUUUAAUUAAAUGUAUAGAUUAUCUCUAAUGUAUUUUCAUAUUGUACAUUAAUAAUACAUUACAAUUUUUUUUCAGAGGUUAUGCAUUAAGAUAUAACAUUUAAUAUUAAAAUUAUACAUAAAAAUAAAAUUCAAAGUAAUUAUAUAAUGUUGAAAAUUAUGACAACUAAUCUACAGUUAAUUGACGAAAACUACCAACCAUGUGCUGGUGACUGUUUGUUAAUGCUGAUACUCGUCCUUGUUUUGCACUCUCGCUAAACAUAUCAUCUCUAACUGACAUUUUCUCAUUCUUAAGAAUUUGUUCCCGUUUUUCUAACAUCUCUUGUUUCCAUAAAUCUAUUAUAUUUGUUUAAAUAAAUAUAACUCUAAUUAUAAAAUUAUCAAAAUUAAAAAUAGUUUACCAAUCAUUGUUGACAUUUCCAUUUCACCACCAUAUUCUUUAGGUAAUAAUGACUUAUCUACAUAUGUAUGACUCUCUUCUAUUGAACUAAAUAUCUAUGAUAAUGGGGUGGGAAAAUAGUUUUAUAUGAGUUAUACAUAGUAAUUAUUACUUGUACUUAUUAUAUUAAUUGGUUUGUUACUUUUACGCGACUUCUAAUUUUUUCAGAUAUCAAGGAUAAUCCAAAAUCUAAUGCAAAUUUUAAACUUGAUGGUACAUUUAUUCCAUAUAUUUCUUUAUGUCGCAUUGGAAGUGUUCGCUAGAUAGUUUUAAUAAUGAAAUAAAUUAUUAUUUAUGAUUUGGCAAUUUUUUUUUCUUUAUUACUAUUAUUAUUAUUAUUUUAUACUAUUCAAUUUAUACAUAUUAGAGCUCAAUAAUUUUAACUUUUUAAUAAUGUUCAUACAAUAUAUAUAUGAGAAGUUAAAUAUCAAAAUCAGUAUUAGAAAAAAAAAAUAAAAAUAUGGACAUACUUCUCACAAUGGAUAGGCCACUGUUGUAGGUGAGAAUUUGGGAAGAUAGAACGGGAAAUUUAAUGUACAUCUGUACGCAAUGAUUGCUACCAAAAAACAAUUUAGAGCAAAGUUUGGUUUGACAUGUUUUUAAAUGAUAAUAUUUAUAAUUUGAAAAUAAUAUAUUUUGUAAAAAAAAUUUUCUUAUUAUAAAUAAUGACACCCCCCCCCUAAAGUACCACACCAGUUACGUUUCCUUUCAGAAAAAGUGCUACACUUGAAAAUUGAAACAAAAUUUCUGACAGAAAAGUUCUCUUUGUAAAAAAAAAAAAUUUCCUCGCUCCACUCAGAAUCUAAAAGAAGAGAAAUACUCAUUAUGAAAUUAUAAAUCAUAAUAAUAACAUUUUAAUAAUAAUUAGAUAUGAAGUAAGUCUUCAUAAAGAAGAUACAAAUUCAAAUAUAUAAUGUAUAUGUAAUGAUAUUAACAUAUCAUGAAUAUGAAUAUGAAUAAAAUCAUUUUAUAUAUGAAAUUAAGUUUUUAAUUUAUAAUUUACCUCUCCAUUUUUAACAAUCCGAACUGCUUCCCUUGGUGUAAACAAUGUUAAUUGCUGUAAACACAUACCAGCUGCAUCUGUAUAGUGUACAAAACCUCGAAUUUGGUUUUCUUGGUCUUCCAUAAGUGUUUCAUACGUAACACCAUGCAUUCGACACAUAUCUGCAUUAGUCCAUUUUGAUGGAUUAAAAACUCCUACAGUAAAUUAUAACAAAACAAAUUUAUUUUUAUUUAAAGAAACUUCUAUACCUAUGUAUUAUGUACAAUAAUAUAAGUUAAUUUAAUUAUACAAGAUUCCACAGACAUCCAACAAAUGCAAUAACUUUUGUUCUGUUCAGUAUUAUAAAAGGUUUUUUCUUUUUUUUGUAAUUGAAACUUUAGCUUUGUACUAUGUUUCUUGUAUUUUAUAUUUUAUUUUAUUUUACAAAAUUAAAUGUUUGGUGUUGUAAAAGUGCUUUAAUG